AUGAAUGGAAAUAUCAAAAGGUCGGGUUCAAGUUUAAUCGGGAAAAUUUUGAGCGAGAUGCCUUCUUCCUACUACCUUUUCGAACCUUUCAGAUUGAUUCAAAAUGCCCUAAAAUUUGUAAGUGUCAAUGGCGAACAAGAGUUAGAAGCGAUUCAAAAAGAAUGGACGGAGAAACUACUCAAUUGCAAUUUGAAUGAAACGAUUUUUAACCGAACUUUUAUUGAACCCAUUUUGAGAUCAGAAGAGAACAGAAAGUUCGUGAAAGCAAACUUUUUGUCUUCGGGAAUCACGAACCCGUGGGUUAAUGAUUUAGAUCGAGUGGAAGCAGUUGUCAAAAACGAGCAAACCAAAUGCCUCGAAUCCAAGUUUUUGAUCCUUAAAUUGAUUCGCGUUGGCAAAUUUGAACAGUUUUGGAGUUGGGUGAAAAAUUAUUCGAAUAUUAAAAUAAUUCACUUAUUACGGGAUCCCAGAGCAAGGAAAAAUUCCCACAAUGGUCUCUCCAACCUUCAAGUUUUAACCCCAAUGAUUAAUUUGAAAAAGAAGAGGUUUUUUGAAACGAAAAGUGGAAACUGA